CGUUCAUUUAUUAACUGUCAACUUCCGGUUGAUCCUUCUUUUCGGCAACGGCUACAAACUCGCCAACAUGCCACUCGCAAAGGACCUGUUGCACCCAACCUCCGAGGAGGAGAAGAGGAGUCACAAGAAGAAGCGUCUUGUACAGAGCCCUAACUCGUAUUUUAUGGAUGUCAAAUGUCCAGGAUGCUAUAAGAUCACGACAGUGUUCAGUCACGCCCAGACAGUCGUCCUGUGUGUCGGAUGCUCCACAGUACUGUGUCAACCUACAGGGGGUAAAGCACGCCUCACAGAAG